GAAAUGCGGAAGGACUUGCUGCUUUUAAAUCCAGAUGUGUUUAGUUACAUUCUGUUGAAAUUGGGAAGUUGUUGUAAAAUUCACCAAGCUCCACAUUUCUCUGUUAGUCCAUACUUGCCAGUGCCACAACGUUAGACGUGGAAAGAGAUGCAGUGGCAUAGCUAGCGCACUCACAAAUAUCUUUGCCUUGUUGUGACAGGCGGCGGCGGAGUGGGUUACAGUGGUCAUUUCAUCACGAAGAAGCAACAUUUUCACCGAUUGUAUUAUUAUCCGCUGGGUUACAAUAUUUUAUCUGUAAAUUAUGUUCAAGUCCUGUUGUGUGUACAGCACGGGAGUGCUUUGUAUACUUUUUUUAAUUGCGGGGAUAUCCUUGGUGUUGGCGCAGAUCUUUCAAAACAUCGUGUACAAUAGGAUCAAAUCGGAGGUGGUGUUGAAGAAUGGCACAGAUGCAUUUGCAGCUUGGGAAAACCCGCCCCCGCCGGUUUACAUGCAGUUUUAUUUCUUUAAUUUGACCAAUCCCAUAGAGGUUUUGGCUGGGGCUAAACCUGCUGUAAUCGAGCUGGGACCUUAUACCUAUAGGGAAUACCGCCCCAUGUCAAAUGUACAUUUCUUGGAGAAUGGUACCAAAGUUGAAGCAACCAAUCCUAAGACCUACGUGUUUGAGGCCAACAUGUCGAGUGGAUCAGAGGAGGAUGUCAUCCGAACCGUCAAUAUCCCAGCAGUGACGGUGAUGGAGAAGGAGAAGGACAGCCCCUUUUCUGGAGGACUGAUCUCCGCGUACAUGAAAGGGGAAGACAUCGGCCUCUUCACCUCCGUCUCAGUGGGGGAUCUGCUGUGGGGCUAUGAGGACAAACUGCUGGAGAUGGUGCACAAAAUUGAUGAGUCCAUCGACACCACGUUUGGACUCUUUUAUAAGAUGAAUGGGACAGAUGAUGGUGAAUAUUUGUUCCAUACUGGAUCUCAGAAUUAUGAAGAUUUUGCCAAGGUGGCUUUGUGGAAAAACCAAAGCUCUCUGAACUGGUGGACCUCUGAUGAAUGUAAUAUGAUCAAUGGAACCAACGGAGCCUCCUUUCACCCCAUCAUCAAGCAGAGCGAGACCCUCUACAUGUUCUCCUCAGACCUCUGCAGGUCCAUUUAUGCUGUCUUUGAGAAGGAUGUGUGGGUGAAGUACCUGCCAGCCUACCGGUUUGUGCCGCCAAGUGAGGUCUUUGCCAAUAUUACCAUCAAUCCAUCCAAUGCAGGUUUCUGUGUCCCUGAAGGGAACUGCCUCGGAUCUGGUCUCCUCAACGUCAGUCCCUGCAAGCAGGACGCCCCAAUCAUCAUGUCCUCACCACAUUUCUAUCAGGCUGAUGAGAAGUUUGCGGAAGAUGUCAUCGGGAUGAAGCCCAAGAAGGAGCACCAUGAGACGGCCAUCGACAUCAACCCGCUCACAGGUAUUGUGCUGCGUGCUGCCAAGAGGCUGCAAGUGAACGUGCUCGUUGAGAAGAUCGACGUCUUCAAAAGUCAGACGGCUGAUGUCAGGACCUUGGUGUUCCCUGUUAUGUAUCUCAAUGAAAGCGUGGUCAUCGAUGACGACUCGGCUAAGAAGCUGCUGGCCGUGGUGGCCGAGGCCAACGUGGUGAUCAACAUCCCCUUCAUCCUCGUCGGCCUGGGCGUCCUCUUGGGCGUGGUCUUCAUGGCGCUCAUGUGCAGACACAGAACCCCAGAGAGCUCCCCUGCUGAGCGCCAGCCCCUGCUGAAGCCCUAGCCACAGAGCACGUGGUCCUCGGGGGAGCCUGGACCAACUGGACUGAGCCGGCCUCACCGCCAGCAGGCCAGCAUCGGCGACACCCUUCUGAAACGAGCAUGGUCUCUUCACCCUCCCCUUCAUCUUCCAAUGCAUACUGCAUGGCACUUUACCACAUCCCCAGAGGUCCUCUCCCAUUCUGACAACCCACUGGUUUGAAAGCGGUCCUUGGACGGACGGAAGGACAGUUAGUAGUGCAGUAGUUCUUUUUAUAUCUUUAAUUUGAUGAAUAACUCUGUCUUGUUUUGUUCAAUCAUGUGUUUUUAACAAUCACUGUAUAUUGAAAUAGCUGCUUUUAUGCUUAUUUCAUGAGGGAGAGAUUAAGGUCCUGCGAAAGUAACCCACGCUUUGGGAAAAAAUGAAAUGAGGAGUCUGUUUGUUACGCUACUGAUUUUAGCCUUUGACUUGAGUUAAAUAGGACAUAGUAAUCCUGAGUGGCUUUGUUAGUUUUGCAGGCCUGUGAUAUUGGCUUUGGCUAACAGGGUCUUCCUCAUCUGGCAGCGUUUCAGAACAGAGGGAGGUGAAUGAUUGGACAAACAGUCCACGAGGUAUGAGGCAAUAUUGCACUACGUGACGUAUUAGUGACAUAUCUGGGGCAGAAAGGAAUCCUUAAAUCCCCUUUCAUCCACUAAUCUAGAGAGGGGAAAGCAAAAGGUGCAGAACCAGUCCUUUGCCACUCACUUUACUAAUUAGAUAGGCCGAUCGAUAAAGAAAGAAAAUUCUGAUUUUCUUUAUUUUUAUAUGGAGCCAUUUUUGUAAGAAUCUACUUUCUAUUUUUUUCCCCCCUCUCUGAGGAGCAUUGUUCAGUGCUGACCAGAGAUGGGGAAUACCAUAAAUGGGUCUAUUGGGUUUGCUUUUUCAUUCUUUGCUGACAUGAAAUGUGAUCGGGCUUUGUACAACAGAUAUUCUUCAAUGCUACUAGACGCGCACAAACAUUUUAUGCCCAAUUGCAUUAUGGUCUGAUUACAUUCUUUUCGUUUCAUGUUUUAGUCACUGAUCAUUUGGAUGUCCUUCUUCUAUAGCAUGCCCAUAUAAGAUGGAUGUCAAUAGCCCAUUUUUAUAAUUGCAUUACAGGUAGGAGUUCUUGUGAUCAGUGGUUAAAGUGUCAAUUACUUAUUUAAUGCAUACAUUAGAAGCUGUGCUCAUACUCACACACUCACAGUAGGAAUCAGUUACUGACAAGCACCUUGAUUUACCAGUCAAGAUGUAAUAGUUAACUACUCCCAUGUACGGAUGGAUAGUUCGUAGGAAGCGAAACCCUUGCUCCUUCUGUUUGAGCAUGCUGAUUAAUGUCGUCUCAUGCUGAGCAGGAAAACAUAUCAAGGUCAAUAGGUCACGCUCAGCAUUUCCUCCUACUGUUCUCUCCUACACAGGUGUCUAGAUUUAGGGGGGGGAAGGAGUUUAGCCCAGACUACACUAAGUCAUUCUGUUCCCUGUAGUAAUCCAGGAGUUAUUGUUUUUGCUUUAUUUGUUACAUACCCUGCUGGAAAAACAGCUUGACCAUCUUAAAGAGGACAUUAUAGAAUGGAUGAAUUGAGUAUUGUACUGUGUACUAUAUUCAACUAUAAUAUAUUAAACUUUGAUUCAUAAAAAUUAAACUCAAUUGCAAUUUUACAAGCCCAAUUAAAACCUUACGCGUAGGCUGGGUAUUGAAAUGGUCCGUUUGACUAAAUGGUGCCCUCUUUGGCAAACCCAAUUGAACUUCAAUGGCUUUGCGAUAUUUGACAUCACAAGUAGGCUUUGUUCUAAUUCGCCCGUUUUUUAGUGGCUAUUUUUAAGUUCAAGAUUUUUGUAUGAAGGAGGGCACAACCAUGCCUCAUGUUCAUGACAGCUUUUUGGUUUGCACAACCUCUCCUAAUUCAUCGAAACCAAGAUAAAAAUGAUUUCCAUUCUAUGUCACCUUUAAGGUGGUUUGCUGGUUGGAAGAAAAUCACCAAAGACCAGCUCACCCAGCUACAAGCAUAAACAGGUUAUCUACGCCAAGGAGGUUCUGUUUUCAUCGGGGUUUGUUUGUCUCUGUCUGUUUGUCUGUUUGUUUGUUUGUUUGUUUGUUUGUUAUGUUUUCGCUUGGCGGAGGUCUACGCUCUCUGAGUGCUUUUCUAGUUCCUAGCUGUUUUUUUUAGCAGGGUAUACUCAUUUAGUAGAUGCUUUUUUAAUGACUUUUUGUUUUGUAAUAGUUUGUGUUCCAAGUGAUAGCAGUUCUGGCCACUGAAUCGGUCUUAUGUUGUGUUGCUUGUCCACUGUGGCCUACGUGAGUUCCGUCAGUGCUCUCCUGAUCCUCAGCUCAGUUUACCUCACUUCACCUGCACAUUAGUGCCCUUCACUAUCUUAUCGUGAUGACUGUAGUACCGUAGCUGGUAGUGCUUAUGUUGAAGAGUACCUCUCCAGAGGGCAGCUCACAGUUCUCCUGUGCAGAGUCCUCCAGUGCAUACACUAGCCCUCAUAUUCAAAGGGAAUGUGCCCACUAAAUCCCACUAAGAGGUGCAAUCUAAAAAGGAAUAAAUAAAGAAACAUUGCUCUGAACUUUGCUCUCGUUUUUAACGGUAUGAAGUGAAUCAGAGUUCUUUAUGUUGUUGUCAAAUUUGUUACCAAGUUCUUGUGUUUUAAUCUGCGCCAGACAUCAUACUCAUUUAAAUACUGUCAGUGCAGGAUUCCCUUGUGCCCUAGGACUGAGAACAUGUUAUAGAUGGUUAAAUGAAUACAUCCAUUUUUGUGUACAAUGCAGUAUUACAGAUGUUCCAGUGUAGCAACUGAGGUUGUGUUCUGGCUUGAUGUACAUGUCUGAUGUCUAUUAACCUGCUCUAAUCUGCACUACAUUCUCCAAGUAUGUGUGUUUACCACAAUAUGGCCAAAAUUGCUUAGCGCCACAUUUUUUUAGUUUUGCUUUCAGUUCCAUCAGGUAAUGGUUCUUGAACAAUGUGUGUAAAUGACUGUUUACGUGCACAUAGUAAUUACACUAUGUAUAGGAUGCAUAUGGAAAUAUUUACAUUUUAUGAGCAGCCUGUUGAUAUGGGACACUGCUUCUAGUGUUCACAAAGAAAUCUGACUUGUGAUUAAUCCAUGAAUUAUGUCAUUUUUUAAUUUUGACAUUGAUAUUUACUUUUAUUUGCAUUGUGCAAAAUUGGAUUUUUUCUUUGCUCUUUUCUAAAAAAACAGAACAAUGUAAACACCAUAACUGUGGCAGUAAAAAACACCAUGUACAGUACCCAUAUCUCAUAUUUACAAAUAAAUAACAGCAAAUA